UGUUAUCUCCCUGUGUGUGAUCGUGGCUGUGAGAAAUGGCGGAAUCUUCGACCCAAAGACAGGAUUCUUUCACUUGUUCAGUUUGUCUGGAUCUUAUAAAGGAUCCAGUUACUGUUCCAUGUGGACACACUUAUUGUCUGGGCUGUAUUAAAGGUUGCUGGGAUCAGGAAGAUGGUAAAGGCAUCUACAGCUGCCCCCAGUGCAGACAGACAUUUAGGCCAAGACCUAUUCUCAGUAGAAACAUUCUGAUUGCUGAAAUGGUUGAGGAAUUUAGGAAGACCAGAAUCCAAACUGAUGUUCCUGCUCACUGUACUGCUGGACCUGGAGAUGUGGAGUGUGACGUCUGCACUGGGAAAAAACUCAGAGCUGUGAAGUCCUGUCUGGAUUGUCUGUUGUCUUACUGUGAAACUCACUUCAAAGUUCACAAUGAUCUUUUUCCUGGAAGAAAACACCCAGUGAUUGAUGCCACAGGCCAGCUACAGGACAGGAUCUGCUCUCAUCAUAAGAAGGUUUUUGAAAUAUUUUGUCGAACGGAUCAGAGUUGUAUCUGCUAUCUGUGCACGAUGGACGAACAUAAAGGCCAUGACACAGUCACUGCUGCAGCAGAACGGACACACAAACAGGGGAGGUUGGGGCAGACCCAGAGGAGAUUCCAGCAGAGAAUCCAGGAGAGAGAGAAGGAGCUGCAGGAGCUGAGGAAGGCUGUGGAGACUCUCAAGAGCUCUGCACAGACAGCAGUGGAGGACAGUGAGAGGAUCUUCACUGAGAUGAUCCGCUCCAUUGAGAGAAGGCGCUCUAGGGUGAAAGAGCUGAUCAGGCAUCAGGAGAAGGCUGAGGUGAGUCGGGCUGAAGACCUCCUAAAGCGACUGGAGCAGGAGAUUGCUGAACUGAAGAGGAGAGAUGCUGAGCUGGAGCAGCUUUCACACACAGAGGAUCACAUCCAUUUCCUCAAGAAUGUCCUGUCAAUCAGAGACUCUCCUCGCUCUAAAGACUUCCCCAGCAUGACCUUCAACCAAAGCUUCUCUUUUGAGGCUGUGAAGGAAUCUGUCUCUGGAGUGAAGGUGCAGCUGGAGAAGAAACUGGAUGACAUCUUCAGGCAGGAAGUAGUCAGGAUAUCUGCAGCAGUAACGAAUAUCCAGAUCAUACAGUCCUUAGAAUAUGCUGAUCCUGAGCUCCCAGUCAGAAGAACAAGCAGUAAGGAGUUACUCCCACCAGAGAUAACGAUUAUCCAGAUCAUCCAGUCCUUAGAAUAUGCUAAUCCUGAGCUCCCAGUCAGAAGAACAGACAGUAAGAAGUUACUGCCACCAUCGAUGUCUGAAGUCCAGGCUGUUUUUCCUGAACCAGUGACCAGAGAGGAGUUCUCACAGUACUCCUGUCACUUCACACUGGAUCCAAACACAGCACACAGAAUCCUCCAUCUGUCUGAGGGGAACAGGAGGGUGGAGAUGAGAGCUAAGCUCCAGUCAUAUCCUGAUCAUCCAGAGAGAUUUGAUGUGUAUCCUCAGGUGCUGUGUAGAGAGGGUGUGUCUGGACGCUGCUACUGGGAGGUUGAGAGGAGUGGGCAGGGUGUUUUUAUAUCAGUCUCAUAUAAAAGCAUCAGAAGGAGAGGAGAGGGUGUUGAGUUUGUGUUUGGAGGUAAUGAUCAGUCCUGGAGUCUGGACCUCCGCAGCAGCAGCAGCUCCUCUUUCUAUCACAAUAAUAAACCCACUAAACUCCCUCUAGUGGUCAGCUCCAGAAUAGGAGUGUAUGUGGAUCACAGGGCAGGAACUCUGGCCUUCUACAGCAUCUCUGACACAAUGACCCUCCUGCACAGAGUCCAGACCACAUUCACUCACACACUCUACCCUGGGUUUUAUCUAGAUUCUGGAUCAUCAGUGAAGCUGCUGUGACUUGACAUGUCUA